CGGGCUGUGGCAGUGAGGAUAAAAGCUGCUGAGAUGAAGAAUGAAUCUCUCGUUUUGAUUGUAGCUGAGUACCUGUAAAUGAAGAGUUCAUGCUGUUCAAUGCUGGGCAAAGUGUUUCUAAAGUUAACAAGCAAAGAUUCAUAUAUACAGAUGCAGAUCUUUACUGGCAAAUAAUAUUCCAUUUCAUUUAACAGCUGUAAACUACCAUCGUAAUGGAAUAUUUGUCAUCUUUUUGUCCUAAUCUGUAGGACUAUAUAUCACCAGCUCCCAUUCGCUAAAUAAAUACUUUUUUUUCAUACAUGAGAAACCUAUCCUAGAACAUCUUGUUGCUUCACUUCAAACUGAACAAGUUAUAGAUACAAAAUCCAAGAAUUGUAAUUGGCAGUCAUGCGAUUAAAAGCCUGCCUGUCUCUUUGAAAAGAUAGGGGCAGCUCUAAUACAUUUUUGUGGACAUUUCUGAUUUAAAGGAUGCAUCUGAUUUUUCCCUUGACUUGUUUUUUAACUCAUAGUAGAACUGCUUGGUAUCCUGUAGUAGACAAGGGAACCUUUAAAGAUUUAGUUUAUCAUGCUUUGUGCCAUGGCCAUUAUACAGUAUUUGUGAACCCUUGCAUGGUUACUUCCUGUUGUGUGAAGUGCAUAAAGUUAAAUCAUUUCAUUGUAAGUGUGACUCAGAAAUGUAGAACUACAGUGCUGAGGUAACAUCAUCUACGUGUUUUAUUUAGAGUAUGUGUAUACUGCCCACAUUACAGUGCGGCCAUGGCAGCGCUGUGACAUGGGCAGUGUAGUCAUGCUUUAUCGCCAGAGAGAACUCUCCUGGUGAUAAAAAAUAAACACCCUGAACCAUGGGUGGUAGCUUUAUUGAUAAAGCACUAUCUGUACUGGCACUUUCAGUGCUAAAACUUUUGUCACUCAGGGUGGGGGUGUUUUUUCAAACCUCUGAAUGACUAAAGUUUUAGUGCUGAAAGUGGCAGUGUAGACACAGCCUCAGUGAAUUCAUCAACGUGGAACUUACAUUUUUAUUGUAAAAUGUGAUGAAUAGAGGAAUAAAAAGUCCAUUGUUCUAAUGAAGCACAAAAAAGGGUAUUUUAACAACUGGUUUGGUUUUGCAGGUAAAUUUAGAAUGAUUCUUGUUGUCACUGCUGGAAGCAUAUGAGACAGCAGAGUAGACUUAGAAAGAUGCAGAUUCAUCGGUGACUAAAGAAUGGAGAAAAAAGUGAGCAGAAUUUAUCCAGUUUCUGAGCCAAGCACAAUAUAUUUUCUACAAGUCACUUGGGAAAAAGACCUAGGCACUGGCUUCAUUAUAACGCUUAGCGAUGGUCAGUCAGCAUGGACUGGGACAGUAUCUGAAGCUGAGAUUUCUAAGGAGGCUGAUGACAUGGAAAUGGAAAGGGAGAAGUAUGUUGAAGAACUGAGGAAAGCACUAGUAUUGGGAGCAGGCCCAGCCAAUAUGUACAACUUUGAUGUUUCUAAAGAUGAAGAAAAUGUGGAAAGCUGUGAUUUCUCAUAUGAAAAAAAUCUGAAAGAUGUUUCCUUUAGACUUGGAUCACUGAAGCUACAAAAAGUCUCGAGUCCAACUGAAGUUAUUAAAGAGCUGAUUUGCCACUGCCUAGACUGCAUAGCAGACCUAUAUGCCAAAAAGGAGCACCUGCAAAAGGAAAAUAAAAGGCUUCUAAGUGAUUGGAAUGACGUGCAAGGACUGCUGGAAAAAUGUGUGGAAGCUAAAGAAGAACUGGAGGCAGAUCUUUACAAAAGAUUUAUUCUUGUGCUCAAUGAAAAGAAAGCAAAGAUAAGAAAUUUACAAAAGUUGUUAAAAGAAGCUCAGGAACCUGCAGAGGAUACAACACAUGCAAGGGAUAGCAUGGCUACCGUCCAAACUGCUGUUGAAAGAGAGAGAGAUUAUGAUGGCAGCACUGAUGAGGAAAGUGAAAAUUUCGCACAACCCUCUACAUUAGCAUCAGCUCCAUCAAGGAAGGAUUCCCUUCUCAGCAGCCCCGAUGUCACUGAUAUGGCACCAAACAGAAAACGGAGACAAAGGAUACAAAAACCUGCUGGAGUGGAACCUAAGGUGGCUACCUAUGAGACCCAGCUACUGGCAAAGGAAAAGAAUUUGGGGACAGUCAUCAUCCAAGAAGCUGAGAGAGGAUCCAUCUGGACAGAGACUGAGAUUCUCUGUUUCUCCAUAGAACAGGAACAACACAGACUUGAUCCUGCUCCAUCAAAGGCAUCAGACAAGCACCCGUCAGAUGUGUCAUCACUGGAAACUCAGAAAAACACUGCUGAGCCAGAGGACCUCUUUGAUAAAAUCUAACUAGGCUUUUUUUCUGUUUUUGCUGAGAAAUUAUCAGAACAAAAUUCCUGUUCAACACAAGCUGCUAAACCAUUAAGUUUAAUUACACAUUGAGUUGAAGCCAUUAUUCAGAGAAGGUUAUUUGUGAAUGAGGAUGGCACAUUAUUCUAGCCUAUCUGUAUAAUCAAAUCAGUUAUCAAAAUCCAUCACUCUGGACAUUCCAGCUCUUUGACCUGAUCCUUAGAUUGAUUCGCGUGACUUCGAUGAGUCCUUAAAAUCACAGGCCCUAUGCUACCAUCUCCAGUGUAGGGAGUGUGUCUGGGGAAAGAGGGCAUGGCCAGGAGAUCUCUACACUCCCAGCAAUCCUUGGCUGCUCUACAUAACACUGGGGACCUGCUGGUAGCUUAAAGCCACCUUAUACUUGGCCUCCCCACCUCACCAUCACCCUCUUUCCUGAGCUGCACAAAGCACAGCCCAGGGACUGGACUGUUCUCUGCAUUAUAGAGGUGUUUAUUCUAAAAGAAUUAGUUUAGAAGUUGUACUUUGUGAUGGAAAACACCUGUGUAAUUUUAAUUUAUGGCUGUUCCUUAGAGCUUUUGAAGGCCACUUUUCUAGCAUGAACAUAACUUCAGUAUGCACUCUGAGAUGUAUUUUUGGCUUUGGGAGUGAAAUGACUGUAAGUUGAUAUUGUCUAUUUUUUCUAACAUAUUGAAUAUUGUCAAAAUAAUUAUUCUUCUGUACCGAGACAGUUGACAUAGCCUUUUAAAAUAGUCAUUUAUGUAACGCUGUACUGAUUUUUCUCAAGGUGAUUUUUAAAAACAAUAAAUGCAUUUAGAAAAAA